UCCAAACCAGUUCCAACAACUGCAAUAAUGGCCAUGUUUCUAUAAAGAUCGAACCCGCUCUCAGGAUGUUCAGGUUUCAGCUAAAUUCGUUUCAACCAUGUCUAGAAGCUCUUUCACCUGCAAGCUGUUGUGCACAUUAUUUGUGCUUACAGGCUUGAUGACUGAGUCUCCUAGAGUUGUUCAUGCUUUAACCUGCCCCGAGGUGAGCAAGGCCCUUGUUCCGUGCGUGACGUACCUGGCGACCGGGAGCUCGUUCGUACACUGUUGCACACAGAUCCGGCUUCUGAAUUCCAAAGCCAAUACCACUUCGGAUCGACAAGGCGUUUGCCGAUGCUUAACGAGUCUUGCUGCUCAGUUCCAACGCCGUCAUAGGCUCAAUUUCAAUCUUGUUAAGCAGCUUCCGGGAAAGUGUAACGUCAACAUCCGCUACAAUAUUACAACUCAGAAUCCUAACUGCUCCCAGGUGAAAUGAGAGGAAACGAAGAUGAAAGCAGCAGCUGCAGUAGCAGCCAUGCGGCACAGGAGUUUGGAGAAACUAAGUUUUGAGGCUUUCAGCUAAGCAGCAGUAGCAGCUGAAGCUCAGCAACAGCUUCUUCUAUUAUAAAUUAUUGAAGUAAGAAGCAAAACUGAGAACGAAAAUAACAGUGCUGCAGUAAUUUAUUUAGUCGUACUUCACUUUUUCCUUCUUGGAAAUGCAUAGGCAUGGUUUGUCCUGUGCAAUGUCCAGGGAGGAUUAGCUUAUGCAAAAGCUAUGCAUUAAAAACCUCUGCUUUCGAUGUAUUAUUAUAUGGGCCUGGACUCUUCUAUUUACUUUCAUGAGUUGAGAUA